GGGGACACUGCUUGGGUGCUGUAUGGUUUGCGUCACGUUUCUCUGCGCAGUUCGGUGUUGGAGUGGCUCGAGCACGGCGCUAUGGAAAAGCAGAGAUGGCUGCUGUAACACACUAGCUCUAAUUACCGGACUUUGUGCUGGUGCAGCCUACACGUGAGUCGGGAGCUGUUUCCUACCGGAGAGACGCGCGUGCGCUCUGACCACUGUGCUGAGUGCUGUGCAAAGUGGCAGCUCAGGGGAAGUGAAGACAGCAGUGUGAAGCGCAGACACGGACAGUGCAGCAUCUCCAAGCCCUCCGCUCAAACCACGCCGUAGAGAGAGGUACUUUUACGCACGAGAAUCAGACAUAAGAAAGGAACCCAAGACGAAGAGACAGAGACGCGAUGGACGAGAGAAUAGCACGUUUACAGGACAGACAAUUCAUGGAACACGCAGAUUUUCUGGGGAUGGACUACCCCGCUCUGUAUAUGUGCAAGUCCAAGAGAGGAAUCAAGCGAGAAGACGGCGGCAAGGACGCAUACAAGUUGCCACACCGGUUGAUAGAGAAAAAGAGACGGGAUCGGAUUAACGAAUGUAUUGGUCAGCUCAAAGAUCUACUGCCCGAACACCUAAAGCUCUCGACCCUGGGACAUCUGGAGAAAGCCGUGGUGCUGGAGUUAACGCUGAAGCAUUUAAAUGCACUGACUGCAGUCACUGAGCAGCAGCACCAGAAGAUUAUCGCUCUGGAGAAUGGAGACCGUUCGAUCAAGCCAUCUCUCCACGCGGACCUGGACGCCUUCCAGUCGGGGUUCCAGGCGUGCGCCAAGGAGGUCCUGCAAUAUUUGGCUCAGUUUGAGAACUGGACCACUCGAGAGCAGCGGUGCCUACAACUCAUCAACCACCUUCACAAAGUUCUGGCUCAGCUCCAGUCGGGCGCGCCCCCGCUACAACAUCAGCUGCUUAGCAGCGGGGACGCGCAGCAGGAUGGGCAGAAAACGAGUGAUGGUCAGGCCAAUUGUGUCCCGGUGAUCCAGAGGACCCAGGGCGGGGAGCUGAAUGAGAACGACACGGAUACAGACAGUGGGUACGGGGGCGAAGCGGAGAAGAGCGAGGGCAAAGAAAAGGAGUGUGACAAAAGCCGCGGCACCAAACCGGUGAAAAUCAAGCAGGAGUUUGGAGAGGAGCGCGCGGCUAAGAAACCAAAGAUGAACUGGCCCGGGACUUUGUUGGGCAGUGCUGACCCCACGAGGCCUGAACUCUCGCUUAUGAACUCUUUGAUGGGAAUAACUAAUAUUGGACAGCAGACGCCCAUCUGCAUGCCUUUCUACUUCAUUAACCCCUCUGCCGCAGCCUCUUACAUGCCUUUUUUCGACAAGAACAGCUCUGAAAAGUACAUGUACCCUGCAGCAGCCCUUGCCUCCCCCUUCCCCUGGCUUUACCCCGCGCACGCCUCCGCCGCAGCAGCUGCCGCUGCCGCGUUUCCCGGUCUUUCCGCGCACCUGGCGGCUGCCGCUCAGACCAAAGACUCAUUCACAGCUGACAGCGAGGGGUCACGCGAGGCCGACGCUGCUUCACCUGAGGAGCACGAGGUGAGUCCCACGAGCGAGAGCGCAGACGAUGACGCACCAGAAACGUCAGCUGAGAAGAGCCCGCUGCACUUCUCUGCAUGUCAAACGGACUGAAGUGUCUCAUGGUGGAAGCUCCAUGUCGCGUAGGGACCGCUGUGAGUGCGUGCCUUUGCACUUCGCUUAAUCACUAUGAAUGAUUCUCGACAAUGAUUGACGCUCACAUGGGGUGUUGUGCUGACUUUUGUAUCCUCUUUGAUAAAAUAUUUUCAAAGCGGCAACAGUUUGGUGCCAAAUCUUUGCAACAGUGCGCAGUUACCCAAUCAGUGAGGCUUUUUUGGAUGUAGGGAUUAUAACUGACCUCUGCCAAGGUUAUUGGCUCAUUUUUGUACAUAUUAUUAUAUUCAUCAAGUUGUAAAUGUGCACUAAACGGGCCUGAAUGAGGUAUUCAUCCUGCCCCUGUUACCUCAUCUCAUACUCACAUGGGGUUAGGAGAGUUGGAAACAAAAGACAAAAUUUGAGCAACAUUUUAGCUAAUCUGCACAAAUAAUACCAACCCUGAGGUGGUAUUCACUUAAACAUGGCUCUGUCAGUUUUCUGCUGAACCCAGUGUUUACCUUUAGAGAGAAACAAUCAGACAGCCUGCGGCUGUGGACCAGCACACGUGCGCCUGAAUGAUGCAGUUUACUGCAGGAGAUCUUAGGACAGCACCUUAUGAACCUUUGAUAUUGAAUGUAACUGUUCCCAGCUGAUAUGUUUGUACAUACUGUAUGAUCAUCCUUACAGUGCGAGGCGUAAAGUGCACUUUUCUUCUGCUUUGUCCCAUUAAGUAAGCAGUUAUCAUGAAAGAACUCUUAGGAACUCUUUACUGUAUACACCAGACUUUGUAAUGAGCUAUUCUGAUGAAGCAGCUAGAGUGAUGGCACACCAGUGAGGGUGCCUGUUUUUAUAAGUUUAUCUCCUUUAAGUGUAGCUUGUUCACUGCAAAAAAUCAUCUGCACUUGGUUUCCAUCCAACACGGCUUUUGUAUUUUUCCAGAUCUCUGCCUCUACAGUGGCAUGUGCGUCUUAAUAUAUAUAUUUUGUGAAUAGACCAGAAAUUAUACGUCUGUCAUUGUUGUAGAAGUAUAUGAAUUUUUUAAACUGGGCAACUGUUGCACAUUUCGUUAAUGCUUUACACAUAUGCUGUUAUAAAUUAUUGCUCAUGAGUUGUAAAAUAAACAUGAAAACACCCACUG